UGUGUGUGUGUGUGUGCUUUGAAGGCGCCACGUCGGCAGAACCAGCAGGGAGAAAAGGGAGCUGCGUAGCUCCUCCGCCUGUAACUGUGAGUGAAGUUAGAAAACCUGCAGAUUUUAUGCGAUAAAAAGCCGAGAAAGAAGAAAACAGGCCGAACUGCAGCUUUUCUCUCUCACACAGACACACACACAGAGAGAGAGAGAGAGAGAGAGAGAGAGAGACACGCACACACGUUCAUUAAUCCACAGCAGAGUUUGUUUCGGAAACAGAAGCUGCUCCUGUCUCAAGUUUCUCCCUGCCAGGUGUGUGUUAUUGAGUGGAGAAGCACUGGGAACAAUGGUGAAGAAUGUGAACAGCGUUAACGUGGAGCCUCAGCCUGGGACCAGCGUGGCCCUCGACGAAUCCGAACCCUCCAGCGUUCAACCUACAGAGGAUCCUGGGAAGGACCACGUGGCGCCAGCCCCCGGCAUGAUGUGGCGGGUGACUGGAGGCCUCUUCAAUGUCACCAAGGGAGUCGUGGGCGCCGCAGUGGGCGGGGUGGCCUGGGUGGGCGGCAAGAGCCUGGAGAUCACCAAGUCGGCCGUGACCACGGUGCCCUCGAUGGGGGUGGGGUUGGUGAAGGGCGGGGUGUCCGCCGUGGCCGGCGGCGUCUCCUCGGUGGGCUCCACGGUAGCCAGCAAAGUCCCAUUCACGGCCAAGAGGAAAGACAAGGCCGAGUGAAGAGGAGGAGGACGGUGAAGAUGUUGAUUGAUGAUGAUGAUGAUGAUGGACUUUCCCCACCCUGAGCCAACAGAGAGGCUGCCAGCUGAUCUCUGUCUGCCAACAUAAACUCCACAGUGCCUUCUGAUGCCUCUUUCUCAGUCCUGAACGUGGGAGUCGCCAUGCGGAGAUCUAGACUUUGAUACAGUCAGUGCCGAAAUAAAUUCAGUAGUGCUACGAUACCACGACAACCCAGAAUCACAAGAUACUCUGAGUCGCUGAAACGCUCUGUACGGAGCGGGAUGUCGGGGAGGUGAAUAUCCGGCUCCAGGCAGAUUACGCAGACUUGGAUCCACUUCGGCACGUUGUGGACGACUUCAUGAAAUAUAUUUUAUUAUCUGUUUACAAUCCAGACUGAUGCUGUUCCAUUCCUCUUUCUUCUCUUCACUCUUUCCAAACUACACAUAUUUGGUGAGAUAUGUUUUUGAAUUAAAAAUGCUGAGUUUUAAAAAGGUAUUGAAGUACUAUUGAAAUCUGUGUGACAAGAACAUUGUGUGUGUGUGUGUGUGUGUUUGUUGAGGAAAAAAUCCAAUGUUUCAGCGUUGGAAGUGCAGGACUCAGCGUCAUUCUUCAGUCUACAGACUUCACUGUGUCUGACCUCCUUUUCUUUUUUAAAAUCCUUUGGAAGAUCCCGGGGCGGUGCUUUCACCCACCAGCCUUGGAUCUGCAUGUAGGAACACUUCCCUGACUGUAGACACAAUCACAAGUACAACAACUCCGGGCUCAGGCCUUUUCUCCACAGCUACAUUAUUGUUGAGAUGUUUUGCUUUCAGUACCUGCUGCGCUGGAUCUACACGAGUUAAAAGAUUUAAAAACAUUCACCAGCGUUUUGUUUGAUUCUUUGAUGGUUGUUUGAGAGGAAAAAUUGCCCGAUUUGUUGUCCCAAGUGUUCAGUCAGUGGAGGUCGAACUGUAGCUUGUUUUAACCAGAAGGUGAACGCUGUACUGUAACGAAGGCAACAAUCGAGAACGUUUAUAUGCAAUAUCAGCAUUUCAAUGCAACAUUCGGAGUGAGUGGGAGCUUCGGCUGAUGGGAAUUAAAGUAUGUGAAUGUCUUAUAUGUGUUGUUUGGAUAUAUCAAUAAAGUAGUUUGGAAGGUUUAAA